CUACACCUCACUAGCUACACCGCUCUGCCCUGUCCCGAACAUGGGGUGUGGAGGGGCGUGAAAAAAUACUACUAGUCUGCGGCUUCUGGAUUUCCUUUCAGGAUAUUUCCCAACUCUCGUGCGGAUUCCAGGAGGAACAAGGGAAAGGUGUCGCUUCCUGUCGACGUACGUUUGUCGUGUAUCGGUCGUGUGACUCUUGCAAAGGAAGGGAUCCCCAACAAGUUUGUGCAACCUACACCGUACGGUGGUGACCUCCUCGCGUGUUUAUUUCUCCUUCGAACAUGCAAGUGCAAGUUGGAUCACCACCUCAUCGAUAACAUUUCUUCACGGAAUUUUUCACAGAAUUUUGUCUACCAAAAGAGGAUAUACAGGUUUGAGGAGACAUGCCUUUUCCAAAGCGGAGUGUUAAGCCUGAAGCGCUUGGGGAGAGGCCAGGUUCGGGCCCGGGAGCGCAGGGCGGCCCGGCGGCGGUGUGGGACGACUUGGACGCCGUCACCAACUCCAUGCUGGCCGGUACCUUACGACAGCUCGCCGACCUGCUCAAGAACGCCACCGACAUCUUCGACGAGCUCGACUCGGAGCUGCACGGCGUCGCCACAAGGUCUGAGAAGCUCAUCGCCAGGAUUGGAAGCGUCGAGGACAAAGUGAAGGGGCUCGACGCGCGAUCCGUUCCAAUCCCUCUCACAACUCUUGACGCGGUGGCCAAGCUGCACGAACACCACCACAACGACUACGUGGUCCAGACAGAGCUGUUCCAGCCGCCCACCAGGCCCGAGUGCGUGAAGACAAUCCACGAAAAUGCGCGAAAGAACCUUCGGGAGGUUCUGAGGACUUGUGACAAAUAUCGGAACGAUGGGAGGCCGUCCUCGCGGCUGUAUUCCACGGGACCGGUGUUUGCGGAUCUCAAGCCGUCAGACAACUCGGAUGACUGGGAAGAGUAUAAGGACUCCACGGAUGCAGGGGAUGAGUCGAGCAUGGAUUCCAGAGCCUCAUACAUAAAACAGGAGCGGAAAUGGCAGGAGUUGCAGCGGGUCCCGACGCGGCCGCGGCCGAAGUCUGGGGAAUACCGGCUGAACACGCUGGACAUCCAGACCAACCAGCCCAACCAACCCCUCCCCACACCGGAAGAGGCUCUCCGCAAAAACGCUGUCCCUUCCGCUGUCGUUCCCGUAGAUGUAUCGGGGUCCGUGUUUGACCGCAUGUCCAGGUAUCGCCGGUCGCUGAUUCACCAGACCAGUCCGGAGACUCGGAGGCGGAAGAAGAAGCGCAGCAGCAGUGAGCGGAGACGACGGAGGCAGACCGUCACGGGCGUGCCCGAGAAUAUCAAGAAAGAGCUGAGUCUGGUCAGGCAGAAGAGCCAGCGCAGCAACCGGUCCAUGUAUCUCAACGAUACCAUCUCCUCCAUGGAUGAGACGGGCACAGAGAUCCCCAGCUCGCCCGAGCGAAGAAACCGAAGUCUGGAACGGGAUUCGCAUCACCGUUCUCGCAGGAGGACGCGAUCAAAUCGGUCCAAGACGAUCGCACAGAUUCAUCUCCCACCCGAGCUGCUAAAAGUGCCUCAAGUCGACGAGAUGACGCAAACAGAUACAGGAGAGGGUGUACAGCCCGGGACAAAACCCUCGCAGAGGGAUAUACAAACAGCCACGGAGAACGGAGAGUCCUCGGCGGAAAGUUCAUUUGCUUCUUCGCCACUCUCCGCAACCCAGCGUCCAAACGGUGGCAUACCACCGCUCAAGGCUGAUAACACUGUUCUGAGGAAGAGCCAGCCGUGGGUUGCUUCAUCGGCCACGCGUCCUCGCUCCCUGGAGAUCGAACCCACAGAGCUGAAACAAGUAGAAGUCAGCACAAACAUCCCUGGUGUCAGCAGCUCACAGCUAUCGAAUGCUGCCCUCACUAUGUCAGCCACAACCGUCUCCAUCCACAACAAGAAUACAGAGCAAGUUUACCUGUCAGACAGCAGUACACUUACUCCGUCCCCCAUCUUUGGUUCGCCCAUUGCCCAUGCCGUGGUUCAGAUGAGGAACAGAAAGAAUGAGCAGACAAAGGAGGAAAACCGCUCGUCGUCUGGUAACUGGAGCGGUACGAGCAGUGCGCGCCACUCAAUGACUUCCGACACGAUCCUCCGCGGACAACACGAGAUCCAAGUGCCUGUCGAAAUCCACAACACCACAACAUUCAAAGACUCACAAACCGGUAAAUCCAACCUACAGAACUGUCACUCUGCCAGUGACUCAGCUCUCUCUGUUAACGAUCACCACGAGACUGACUCCCUCUCGUCUGCCAUGUUCGGAGAUGAGAGCAGACAAACGACAAGCUACAACACGGACACCCUGAGCUCUCAGGGCACCCUUAGAGACUUCUCUGAUAGUACCCUGCAGAAUCAGUCCGGUUAUUCAAGUUCAACAACAACCAGGUCGGUCAUAACGCCAUCACAGGAGGUUCAAGCAGACUUUACUGCCAUGGAUUCUGAGUCUUGGCUGCGAGCGGUGACGGAGGAUGCUAAGAACCGUUCCCAGUCACAAUCGUCUAACGACACGACAGGUUUUGGGUGGAGCUGGAGGGACGUAGACAUGAGUGACAGACAUAGUGUGAACUCUUCUAAGGAUGACUCGUCUGUGUACUCUGUCGACCAAGAUGGUUAUUACACGUCUUUCCAUCUUGAUUCAGGUCUCAAGACAUUUGAAUCAAGCCUCGAUUCAGCCCACCCAAGUUCUAGAGUGAAGCGCCAGCUUACAUAUGAUGGGAGUGGAUUCACCGAAGGCAUGUAUGAUGAAAUGAUGGCUGGUUAUACAACCUCCAAUAGGAGUUCAUAUCACGAUGGGUACAACACCCUCCCCAAUAGGGCUUCAUACUUCAGCACCGAAACUGUGAUUCACAUACCGACGGAAUCAAAGUCGUGCACAAGCACUUUGGAUCGUAAAAAGAAAACGCCUCCACCUCCACCAAAGAGAACUGUUACCCUGCAGAGGUCUCUGUCUUUCACACCACAAUCCAAGUCCAGCCCUGAUCUAAGUGGGAUAUCCAAACUCGACAGCGGUCGUGGUACCCCAUCUAGAUCAAGAACCAGCAGUCAGGGAAGCAGAGGCAGUGGCAGCAGUAAGGGAGAUCUCCGUGGAAAGCCAAACAGACCCCCUCCCCUCCUCCCAACAUUAAAGCUGCUGUAACAGAAUUUUGGCAAAAGAAGAACGAAAAAGUAAACGGUGACACACAUGUAGAAAACGAGAGAAGAAGAAGUACAUGUAGCGAAAGCAGCGGCAGUGCCAAAAGCUCUGAGGGCAAGGAUGAGGGAGCUGGCUCUUCCUCAGUUGUAGAAAAGGGCGGCAUCAAACCCUCCGCCUCAGAACCAAAAGACAUCAAGUCGGCCAUUCAGAGCUUCUGGAAGAAGAAGAGGGAGAGAAACAAGACAGUUGGGGGAAGAGUCAGUUCUAACGGAGAAGGCGUUACCUUCGGUAAGGGCGAGAACUCGUCAAAUAGCCCGUUGGUUAACGGCAGAAAGGAGGAGACAGCUACAACAGGGAGGGAGAGUUUGGGCAGCGUUAGCACGGAGGAGAGGUCAUUCCCAAGACCCUUUGGUACGUCUGAUCAAAAGCGGCACGUGAACAUGUAUUCGCUGUGCCAGAUUACGCCGAGUCAGAGCGAGGCGAGCAGUGUUAAUGGUGAGGACUCUCCUGUGUUCAUGAGGAGUAGGUCGCACACUCCUCUAUUUGGUUCCAUGAGCAGCAGGAGUCGAGCGUCAUCCAGAUCAGAAGCUGAGAUCAGCGAAGACGACAGCCUCUCGAUGGACAGGACGACCUCUUUUAGGACUUUUAGUAUUGACAUUGGCGAAGAGGCACAAACGGUUCCGCCAUCCCAGAGCUACACAACGUUUGCCAGUAACGUCUCUGACAUGCGUCAGUCAUUCACAUUCCACGAUUUCCAAGCUGGUAACAGAAGCAAUACUGAAGAGCAAAGGCCACCGGUUGAACCGGUAGGAGAGAAAUCCAUCACGCAGCCUAGCCCACCUAGACCGUCAGCUCUACCAGUUGCAGCUGCCCACCCCAACCAGCAAACAGCCCAAGAGCAGAAUGAACAAAGAUUACCAGUUUCACAGAGUGGUGUAGCAAAGGCGGCCGUGGAAACGACAACACAAAGUAAAGGACAUGUACACAUCACUGUCGACAACACACCACAUGCUACAGUACACAACGGUACCAUCCUCAAUGUACCCUACCCAAGUAGCAAGCACUACGCUUCAGUGCCAAUGAAACCUGCCCCAUCCGUGCCUCAGUCUACUCCGCAGUCCACCGUGAUGGAAACAGACCUGGAUGCCGUGCUUCUUCCACCGAAAGUGUCACGUGUCAUAACCAGCCCGAUUGUCACUGUUCCUCCACAAACAAUAACAUCCACAGUUGUGCCCGACCUACGCAGGCCACCACCCGUUGCCACCAAGCCACUGGCUGCAGCAAUACCUCCCUCAGGACUGAGCAACUUAGCAGUGGAAAGGCCAGCUAGACCAAGGAGCUUUCCAGAAAGUGCCGUCUCUGGCCAACUUUCUGUUGAUACUAAACAGGGAACACCAACGAAGAAACCUCCACCCGUCUCCCCCAAACCAAAGGGACCAAUGUUUCAGAAGCCACCAACUGCACCCAAGCCAUCGCCCAAGAGGGACGUCCGACCAAAGAGUCUCAUGAUCGACACCAGACCAAAACCUCAGACCGUCGCCACCCCUUCUGCAGAUGUGAGACCAAAAACACCCACAAGUGCUACGUUUAGAACACCAACACCAACAACGCCCCUUGAGAACAAGAGCCCCACUGCAAAGGUACUCCUAGAGUCUGGCCCUCCACCCAGAUCACCCAAUACCGUUGUGGAAAACAGGAGCCCAACAACGAAAAGCUUACGUGGAUCUGACUUUCAUGGAAACCCCCGUGUUAAACGGAGACCACCCUUCUGCUGUGAGAAAUAGUGGGACCUUACAUAGGAUGGCUGACAAUAGGGGUCCAGACGAAGUGGCAGCCAAAAGCCCGAC